CUUUUCGCGCGUUUGAGUGAAGUUGGCGCCACGGUGCUCGAGCUCGGUAACGCGCGUGUUGUUUUCGCUGCUGGAUUAAAAAAUAAUAAUCUUGUCGCCAACAACAUUAACGGAGAUUUACUCUCAAAACCAAGACACGCUUCGGACAGACAUGGCUGUUAAGUUGUCCGAGGGCGCGAUAGAGGCCCUGACCAAAGGUAAUGAUGUCACCAACCCAGUCCUUCAAUUGGUUAAUAUUCGGAAGAUUGAAGGGGGCAGUGGACCAGUCCGCUUUCGACUCAUGAUGAGUGACGGCCUUCAUACCAUGUCCUCUUUCAUGCUCUCCACACAGCUGAACUCCCUGGCUGAGCAAAACCUGGUGGCUCCCAACUGUGUGUGUUUGCUGAAAAGAAGCGUCACCAACGUCCUUAAGGAUGGGCGGCCUGUGGUGAUUAUACUGGACAUGGAGGUCGUUAAGCCUGCUGAUCAGGUGCCUGGGAAAAUAGGAGACCCAACUCCUUAUGUAGAGGGACAGUCAAAGGCUCCACAGUCUGCACCUUCAGCCCCUGCACCCUCGGCUCGACAUCUGCAGCCCCAGAAUGGGGGUGGCGGCCUUGCGAGCAGAGGCACCGCUCGUGACUUCGGGAAGAAGCCCAUGCCCAGCACACCGGGGGGCACCUCGAAAGUUGUGCCUAUCGCCAGCCUCAACCCCUACCAGUCAAAGUGGACCAUUCGAGCGCGGGUUACUAACAAGAGUUCCAUUCGCACCUGGAGCAACUCUCGGGGAGACGGGAAGCUCUUCUCCAUGGAGAUAGUGGAUGAGAGCGGUGAGAUUAGAGUGACCGGUUUUAAUCAGGAGGUGGAUAAAUUCUUCUCCCUUAUCGAACAGGGGAAGGUAUACUACAUCUCCAAGGGCACGCUGAAGAUCGCCAACAAACAGUACACGUCUCUGAAGAACGACUACGAGAUGACCCUGAACGGCGACUCUACAAUCAUUCCCUGUGACGACAGCCAUGAUGUCCCCAUGUUGCAGUGCGACUUCGUCUCCAUCGGCGAGCUGGAGGCCAGGGAUAAGGACGCCAUCGUGGAUGUGAUCGGGGUGUGUAAGAGCGUGGAGGAUGUGACUCGCAUCACAACUAAAAACAGCCGUGAGGUGUCCAAGAGGAACAUUCAGCUGAUGGACAUGUCUGGCAGAGUCAUCCAGGUCACCAUGUGGGGAACAGAGGCAGAGACGUUUGAUGGCACCGAGCAGCCCAUCUUGGCAAUAAAGGGUGCCAAGCUGUCAGACUUCGGAGGGCGUUCCCUCUCCACCCUCUUCAGCAGCACUGUAAUGAUCAACCCCGACAUCCCCGAGGCAUACAAGCUGAGAGGCUGGUAUGAUAAAGAGGGCCAUGCCCUAGAUGCUCAGUCCAUGACAGAGAUGAGGGGAGGUGGAGGUGGUGGUCCCACCAACUGGAAGACCCUGGCAGAUGUCAAAAAUGAGCACCUGGGCCAUGGCGACAAGGCAGAUUACUUCACGUGCAUCGGCACCAUUGUGUACAUGCGGAAGGAGAACUGCCUGUACCAGGCUUGUCCCAGUAAAGACUGCAAUAAGAAGGUGGUGGACCAGCACAACGGCAUGUUCCGCUGCGAGAAGUGCGACAAAGAGUUCCCUGACUUCAAAUAUCGCCUCAUGCUCUCCGUAAACAUUGCCGAUUUUGGAGACAACCAGUGGGUGACGUGCUUUCAAGACAGCGCCGAGACCAUCCUUGGCCAAAAAUCAGAUUAUAUUGGCCAACUCAAGGACUCGAACGAGGCUGCCUUUGACGAGGUCUUCCAGCACGCCAAUUUCAACACUUUUGUCUUCCGUAACCGAGUGAAGUUGGAGACCUACAAUGAUGAAUCGCGCAUCAAGGUGACCGUGGUAGAGGCCAAGCCUGUGGACCACAAGGAGUACAGCAAGAGGCUCAUCAUGUCCAUCAGGAAGGCCGCGGUGCAGUAGGCGUGCGGCUGCCCGGGGCGAUAGCCCCACCGCCCCCGCCCACUACUCAUGCUCACAGCUACACUUGUCACGUACAGUGUGCACUGUCCAUGGUUUGCUGCUGUGCUCCCUUGGUGUGACCAAAUUAAUACUCUUACUUUGUGUCCUGAAGUCUGCUAAUGCUUCUUGACCAUGCUAAAGAAAUGCCUUUUCAUAUAUAUAUAUGUGUGUGUGUGUGUGUGUGCGUGUGUGCGUGUGUGCGUGCGUGUACACACACAGUGCAGCAAGAGCGCUGUAGUUUAGCACAUGCCAUUUCCCCCUACAUUUGACCUAAUUAGAUGGGACAGUGGGCAGUUCAUUAGAAACUGCUGACAUUUUUGCGGUGGGUAGGAGGAGGUACUGAGCGAAGGCUUUUGCAGGAGGGGUUGGGGAGGGGAGUGGAGGGGAGUAGAGGCAGGCUGGCUGGCUGGCUGGCUAGGGCUCAGUGUGCACGCAUGCAUGCAUCGUUGCGUGUCUGUUUACGUCGACUGGUGGCAGAAGGGAAUUGGCUGGCCUUUGCUAGCAUUUUGGUUCAGCAGUCCAGUCACUAGGUUUCCGUCUCCGAGAGCAUGCCUGGCGUGGUUCUGCGGAGCCGUGAUAAGAGCACACGCACACUCCGCUGCUUGACACCAAUACACCUGCACACAAUCCUGCAUACACAUUUAAACUCAAUUGCCCCUCCCAGAUGCACUCUAUUUAUGUAGAUAUUCUUCUUUUGUUUUCUAGAAAACCUAAGUUUUGACCAACACAAGAAAUAAAGUAGUUUGGGGAAGCUGA